AGAAGCGAGACAUGGAAGCAAAACAUGAGACAGUCAACAUGGGAGGCAAAACGUGCGGAUGUGGGUGUACAACCGGGGCGUAGGCUGAACAGUCGCAAGCCAGGGGCGACGGCGGAGGCUGUGUCAGUGUGUGGAGAUAUCGCAGCCACAGUCGCCCACAAAGACCUACAAGAAGCAGACUGGCGGUAGACGGUGCAACAUGAUUGCAGUCUGUUGAGUCAAAUUGGCGUAUUCGUGUCCGCUGAUUCGCC